UUCAACAUUGAUAUCCAUGCCCUUUUCACUCAACAGUUUUCGUCCUCUGAGCAUCCUUUUGACGCUUUCUCUCACGCUGUUUGUUUUUGUUUUUUACCGGAGAUUCUCCCGGCAGGAAUUUCAGCAAUGAAGGAAAAGAGCAAAAUUCUAUUCAUUGGAGGCACUGGCUACAUCGGAAAGUACAUUGUGGAAGCGAGUGCCACCGCCGGACAUCCUACUUUUGCUCUCGUGAGAGAGGCCACUCUCUCUAGCCCUUCCAAAUCUGCGAUCAUCGAUAGUUUCAAGAGCCAUGGUGUCAAUUUCCUCAUUGGAGAUCUCUACGAUCACGGGAGUUUGGUUAAGGCAAUUAAGCAAGUCGACGUGGUGAUCUCUACAGUUGGUCAUGGUCAGUUUGCUGAUCAAGACAAGAUCAUCGCCGCGAUUAAAGAAGCUGGAAAUGUUAAGAGAUUUUUUCCUUCAGAGUUUGGGAAUGAUGUCGAUCGUGUCCAUGCUGUUGAGCCAGCAAAAUCGGAAUUUGAAGCCAAAGCUAAACUCCGCCGAGCAAUUGAAGCUGCUGGAAUCCCAUACACGUACGUGUCAGCUAACUCUUUCGCCGGCUACUUCCUUCCCACUCUGAACCAGCCUGGAGUCAUGGCUCCCCCAAGAGAUAAAGUUGUUAUCUUUGGUGAUGGCAAUCCCAAAGCAAUCUUUAACAAGGAAGAGGAUAUUGGGACAUACACCAUCAAAGCUGUGGAUGAUCCAAGGACACUGAAUAAAAUCCUGUACCUUAAACCCCCAGGCAACAUCUAUUCAUUCAAUGAUCUUGUGUCUCUGUGGGAAAAGAAGAUAGGCAAAACCCUUGAAAGGGUCUACAUUUCAGAGGAGCAACUAUUGAAGAGUAUCCAAGAAAGUGCACCUCCACUGAAUUUGGUAUUGGGAAUAGGUCACUCAGUGUUCGUGAAGGGAGAUCAUACCAACUUUGAGAUAAAGGAAUCAUUUGGAGUAGAAGCUUCAGAGCUUUACCCUGACGUCAAGUAUACCACUGUGGAUGAGUUCCUUACCCAAUUCGUGUGAGUUGGAGUUGUGUUAAUACAGCGUUAUCUAAAUAAAUAAGCGUGUAAUUGCCAGUCUGUCAUGAAUUCUCUGUAUUAUAAUACAGUCGGCAGUUUGUGGACGAAUAGUUCCUUCCUAGUUUGGCUUGCGUUUUAUCAUGCUCUAAUAUAAGUACCUGUUUCCAA